AUGAAUCACAGCGAUGAAGCCACCAAUGGGUUCUCUCAAGCGCAUGAGGAAGAUGACGACGAGGUUUACCUCGACGAGGAUGAGUUCCCAGCUGCGUCUGUAACACUACUAGACGAAGAUCCCGUCAAAGCCAAAUUUGAGCGUCAUGUCGAAGAGGCACGAAUACUAUCUAAUAACCUACAAUCAUAUGAAUCAAGCGACAAAGCAAGCCAACAGCUCAAAUUCGUCAACGACAGGUUUAGUGAAUGGCACAACACAACCGAGGAAGGGAAGAACUUUCUUCACUUUCUCGCAGACUACGACCACAGAAUUCACAAACCGCCCGUCAACCUCCAAUGGCUGAUGUGGCGAGCCAUUCGCAAACUCCCAGCGCACUUACUCUGGUCGCCGGAUAACAACAAGCGCAUUCCUCUGACCAGCGCGCUGCUGGCUAAUAACUCGCUGUUUGGUUGGUCGGUAUGCUUGAAGAUUAAGGAUACUACGUGCCAAGAGUAUAAUGCUCUGUUGCAGAAAAGAUAUGAGAACAGGGACGAGAACAGUGAGACUACUUGCUUACAUGCCGCUGCGACUUGUAUCUUUGACAAUGGAGUCAAGAGAACAGAGUUCUUUACCAAGAUAUGCGGCUUUGUUCCUAGAGACAUGUUCUUUGUACGGGACACUAAGCGCCGCACCGCUCUUCACCGUGCAGUUGAGUAUGAGUGCUGUUGCAACAGUCAAGUCGAAGUGGUCAAGGAGAUCCUACGCUCAUGUCCUGACGUCUUGGAAGAAUCUAUUCAAGAUCCAGAUGACUUCAAUCGCACUCUAUCAGUCUACCAAUACCAUCACCAUACCCGGAAGAAGUUCCUGGAGAGUCGACGAAGACGUGCUCAGGAUCUAGCCGUCCAAGAGCCCACAGCAGCAGCCCCAAAGAGAGUAGGGUACAAACUUGAAAGAGGCGUAGAUCCCAAGAAGGAUGCAAAGAGAGUCUUAACGAGGACAGAAAAGUCGGGCUCGGAAAAGACAAGCAUGGGUCCUCCGCCAGGCGUGAAGCGAAGAGGUUCGAUUGCCGCAACUCCACAAGGCGCUACAACUCCAGUGCAAUCUCCGUCCCUGACGCCGAUAACUCGAGUCAAAACAGGAACAGUAACUCGGCCAGAGGUAGUACAAAAGCCUGGGUCGAAGGAGAAGGAGAUGGAAGAUGCAGCGAGGACAAUCAGCAAUCUACUAAAACUCGAGACUCUGCGGAACCUAAGUCCAGAGAAAGCAGCGGAUAGCUUACGAUUACCAGAUGAUCCAGAUAAAGAGUUUUGGUUUGACUUUGGACCACCCAACACAGUUAGCCAAGAUGACUUUAAGAAGUAUUUCGGGCAUUUGCAGUUUGACACAGCACUACAGUACGUUGGAUUUCCGAGAGUUCGACUCAAGGGAGGUAGAGAACAGCCUGAUGUGAGACAUCAAGGGAGAAAGGAUAUGGCAUUCUUUUUUGACUGGCUAAGAGGAAAGUCUGUCACGCGAAUCAUCAAGGUUGUUGUAGAAGAUAUGGAAAAGCCUUCCCAUAGUGACGAAGCUAUCGAAGAGUGUUUGAAGGAUCUUGGUGUUGAAAUUCUUGACUGGAGACGUCUUGAUCUCGAUGCACUCACCCUUCGCAAGAUCGGAACUCAUCUACGCGAAGUUCAUCUCCAAUGGAGUGGCAGCAACUCGACUCUCAGAGCGUGGUCCGAGAAGGAAGGUCUAGCAUCUAUACCUACGCUGGAAGUCAUUCACUUGUUCCAGCAUGAAGGCCUCGAGUCUCGCGAACGAACCAUUGAGAACCUCAACGCUUUUGAGAAACGAUUACAUGACUCCUGGCCCGAAGGAAGAUCCAAACCCCAGGUAAUACCCCCCAAAACAGGCGGUGGCGUGCGCAUGGCACAAGUCCAAGUCCCCGACGCAAGACCUCAGCCACUGCAACGUUCAAUCGAUCCCCACAAGUGGAUGGAAUGCAUGACGAGCUUCUCAAAACGCUUCAAACAAAUCAAGGCUCUGAGGGGCAAUAAUCCCUCUCUGCCACCGGUCGAAGUGGCGCUGAUCGAUGAUGGCGUUGAUAUCAUGCACCCUGAUCUUAACGACACCAGAGAUCGCACUUUUCUAGGCCAGAGCUUUGAUCACCAAACAGGAGGCUCGACACCACGUGUACCGCCAUACUGGAGUUCACCCUCCGGCCAUGGGACAUUAAUGGCCAGGCUUAUUCAUAAGAUCUGCCCUAGUGCUAUUAUCCAUGUUAUAAAGCUACAGACUUUCUGGUCAGGAAAUUCCAAGAAGCUUCAGAUCAAGCCCGACAGUGCCGUAAAGAGAUCCCAGAUCAUCUGCAUGUCAUGGACCAUCAAACCCCCUGAAGAACCACUAAGAAGCCAGUUCGACACCGCAAUCUUCAACGCCAUCGGCAAACACGGCUGUCUCAUAUUCUGCGCAGCCAGCGACCAAGGACAGUCCGCAGACGUCAGCUAUCCCCACGCAAGCAGUCAUCACUGCUUCAGAAUCGGCGCCGCGAAAGCAACCGGCAAUAUAGUCGACACAGUCGGCGACUCCCAAACCGUAGAUUUCAUCUUCCCCGGCCACGAAGUUGUAAUCGACAGCAACGAAACCAAAACUCAGCUAGAAAAGUUCGACGCUCACUCUGGUAGUUCCGUCGCCAACGGUCUAGCAGCGGGCCUAGCAGCGCUUGUGAUCGAGUGCGUGAGAUUAGGAGCCCUGUACACCAGAGAGUAUAGAAAGUUGGAGCCAAAGGUUGCUAUUAACUACAGCCAUAUCUCCAUUGACGAAGAGGAUUUGAAGAAGAUACGGAGUCGUACACAGAUGGCUUAUGCGCUGAAUUGGAUUGGGACUAAUCAGAACACGAAUAAUAAGUAUAUAGAGGUUUGGCAUACGUUUAGUGGUGUUGCGGAGAAGUUGUCGAGGAGUGAGGGCGUUUCGCUUGAACAGUUGGAACAUAUAGCAACGCUUGCUGGGUUCUUCCUGAAGAAGGGAAUGUAG